AUGGACAUAGAAUUGAGAUUUUCCUUCGGUACCAGGAGUGGAACAUUCUCUGCCCAAUUUUACUAUGAAGAAAGUCAAAAUGAAAUUUCAAGUUCUGAAUCAUAUCAGGAGAUGCUAAUGCCAGGAGUAGUCAUAAAGGACAAGCUCGGCAACGACAUCUGCGUCGAGGACCGGCUCAACACGCACGGUCCCAACAACCGCACACUCGCCCAGGUGCUCAAAGGUGAUCCUACCUACCUUGUCGUGGAGUCCGACAAGACCCUCGCCACCUACGGGAUCAAGCUGUCUGCACGCAUCUUAGUUGUGCCGUACCGUGGAACGCUGCCGAGAACAAGUUCCUCCGCCCUUGCCACGGAUCCCAGUGCAACCAGGGCAAGGUUGUCCAUGGGACUUGCACCCCUGUCAGUGGCCCUGGUUCAUGCCGACAUCGACGAUGGCAAGGUCGUCUUUGUGCCGUUGGUCGAGACCGACUUCAGGACCGGCCAGAACCCAUGGUGA